CUGAGCCCCACCCAAAGUGUCUUUCUUGUUCUCGGUCGUCGUUCGGCUCACUCGGUCCCAGCCUCUCGGCGUUUGGUGCACAGACCUCAGUCGGGACCUAGACUCGGGCUUGCUCCGACGCACCAACCAACACUUCACCGACCUGGUACAGACAUCGUUUACCGUCUUCCAAUUGAAAUCUUCCGAUUUGGUACAGCACUGGGAAUCUUCGACUUCCCAAGUGUUUGAAUUUCCUUCCCAUCAUGGAUUACCCUGGAAUAAGGCUCUCCAUACUUGCUACAUUGUGUAUGUUGUUGGUCAUAAAGGAAGCAGAAUCUGAUUUUCCGAAAGGAAUAAAUCAUCUGAUUAAUGGAAAUUUACUGAUUGGUCGGGGUGACAGAUUGAGUGCAUCAUCAACCUGUGGACUGCAUUCGGUGCAAAAAUAUUGUAUUGUGUCACAUCUUGAAGAUAAGAAAAAAUGUUUUAAAUGCGACUCAAGACCUGGAGAAUUAUCUACAACGAGCCACAGAAUCCAGAAUGUCAUUUAUAGAAGAGAUCCAAAAACAAGAGCACAAAAUUGGUGGCAAUCUGAAAAUGGAAAAGAAAACGUUACCAUCAGAUUGGAUUUGGAAUCGGAAUUUUAUUUUACACAUUUAAUUAUGUGGUUUAGAACAUUCAGACCUGCUGCGUUGAUAGUAGAAAGAUCUUCUGAUAAUGGUUUGACAUGGAAGCCGUACAGAUACUUUGCUGAAAAUUGUGCAGUUACUUUCCCUGGAUUAAACAGAACAAAGUCAUACCAAGAUCCUUCUGAAGUUACUUGCGAAGAAACAUACUCAUCAUCUACGCCAGUUACUAAUGGAGAGGUUAUUUUGAAAAUAAUCCCUCCAGAUUUAGAGAAUCACUAUGACCCCUAUUCAACGAACUUACAAAAUCUUAUGAGAAUUACAAACUUGAGAGUGAAUUUUACAAAACUCCAUACUUUGGGUGAUGACUUGUUGGAUAAAAGACAAGAAAUUCAGGAAAAAUACUACUACGCUAUUUAUGAAAUGGUAGUAAGAGGAUUUUGUUGGUGCUACGGACAUGCUGAAAAUUGUCUUCCUCUUAACGAAAACGUGAAAGAUACACCUGGAAUGAUACACGGACGGUGUGAUUGUGUUCAUAAUACAACAGGCAUUAACUGUAAAUACUGUAAAGAUACUCAUAAUGAUCUUCCUUGGAAACCAGCAAUCGGUCAUGUCAUUAACGCAUGCCAAAAAUGUAAAUGCAAUGAACAUGCUCUUCGGUGCAAUUUUAGCAGUGAGGUGUAUCAACAAAGUGGACACACUAGUGGUAGCGUCUGCAUCGAUUGUGAACAUAAUACUAUGGGUAAUAAUUGUGAACGGUGCAAGCCCAUGUAUUACCACGAUCCACAAUUGCCCAUUAGUCACCCCGACACAUGCUUGCCUUGCAAUUGCAAUAGCGAAGGUGCUGUAGACGGAGGCCUGUGUAAUUCUCCGAAAGAUGUCUAUGGAUCAAGAGUUUGUCAUUGUAAGGAAAAUGUUGAAGGCGAUUCGUGUGAUGUUUGCAAACCUGGAUUCUGGAAUCUUCAAUCUUCAAACCCAAAGGGCUGUGAACCUUGCACAUGUGAUUUACGUGGAACCAUUAACGGCAAUCGCUCAUGCGAUCCGUACACCGGUAUCUGUUUGUGUGAACCAUUCGUUAUCGGUAAAGACUGCAACCAAUGUUUCUUAGAACAUUGGGGCUUAUCAAAUGAUACAUAUGGUUGUUUACCAUGCAACUGUGACGUGGGUGGAUCUUAUAGUUCUAAUUGUGAUGUUGUUACUGGGAAGUGCAUGUGCUACCCUCAUCUGACAGGACGUACUUGUAAUGAGGUUGAUCAGAAUUACUUUCUCCCAGAUAUUGACAUGGUAUACGAAGCGGAAGUGGCAAACCAUUCAGAUAAUUGUCAACCGGAAGUAAAAGAAUGGCCCAGGGAGGGAACUCCAUAUUGGACUGGUUCUGGUUUUACACGAGUGCACGAUAAUUGCGAAUUAGUCUUCAUAAUUGACAAUAUUCCUAAUUCCAUGGAAUAUGAUUUGAUCGUUCGACAUGAUAAGGUUAAAAAUGACGAAUUAGUCGAUGUAACCGCUCAGUUAACACGGCCCGAUACGCCUGUUGGUUUGUGUUCAAAUGUCAAUGAAUAUGAUGAUGAAAAACAACUCUAUUUUCAACCAGAUAAUUCAUUUGCUGUUUCCUCGACACCUUUAUGUCUAGAAAGUGAGAAAACCUAUAAAUUAAAGUUGACUUUCAGUUCUAGUAAUAAUCAACUUUACGGCCAGGCACCAACUAUAUUAAUUGAUUCGAUUGUAUUAGUACCUAGAGUAGAUUCUCUUGACAUUUUCACCAAAACUCCAAAGAAUAGAGAUAGGCUAAGGUCAUACGUUCAAUUAGGCUGCCAUGAAAAGUACUAUUUACCUCAUCAGGAACCAGUUGAAGUAUGUAAGGAACACCAGUUUAGUAUUUCUAUCAGAGUUUUCAAAAACCCUCCAGAAUGUAAAUGCAAUGCGACUGGUUCAAUCAGUACGCUGUGUAAUUCAUUAGGAGGAAAAUGCCUCUGCAAACCGAAAGUCAUUGGACGGACUUGUGACAAAUGUGCUGAAGGAACAUACGGCUUUUUCCAAAGUGAUGGUUGUAAAGAUUGUGAUUGCAACUCUGUCGGUGCCAAAGACAAUAUUUGUGACCCCUACUCAGGGCAGUGUAAUUGUAACAAUGGUACUUAUGGAAGAAGUUGCGAUCAAUGCGCACCUGGUUCUUGGGAUUUUCCUCAUUGCAAGCCGUGUCAAUGCAACGGACACGCUCAUAUUUGCAAUGGGACUACAGGAGAGUGCAUAGGUUGCACGGAUUUUACAGCAGGACACUAUUGCGAUAAAUGUGCAGAUGGUUAUUACGGUGAGCCAAUGAACGACAUUCCUUGCAGACCAUGUAGCUGUCCAGACACGAUAGAAUCUGGCCAUUCAUUUGCAUCUUCCUGUGUGAAAAACUCACAAGAUGAUGUUAUAUGUUUAUGCAAAGAUGGAUAUCGGGGACCGAGGUGUGAUAAAUGCGACGAUAACUAUUUUGGACAUCCCGAAAGAGUCGGAGGUUCCUGUCAACCUUGUAAUUGCAGUGAUAACACCGAUCUUUCUCAGCCUGGAAAUUGUCAUCCACACACUGGCGAAUGUUUGAAGUGUUUGUACAAUACUACAGGGAAAAAUUGUCAACAAUGCCUACCUCACUAUUUUGGGAACGCCUCAGAACAUAAUUGCCAAAAAUGCCCAUGUAACAUAUUGGGUACUGAUUCAUCGAAGGGUCCAUGUAAUCCUGUGACAGGGGAGUGCCAUUGUUUGCCCAAUGUUGAAGGGAAAAAUUGUGACCGAUGCACCCGAGAACAUUGUUUAAUCGGUAGAGGUACAGGUUGUGUACAUUGUGCUUGUGACCCCGUAGGGUCUCAAAAUCAAGACUGUAACAUGUUUGACGGUGCUUGUAAAUGCCGAGACGGGUUUGGUGGUAUGAAAUGCAACGAGUGUCAGGCCAACUACUGGGGAGAUCCGAAGAAGGAAUGUUUCCCUUGUGACUGUGAUAUUGACGGAGCAGUAACUGGAACGUGUAAUCAAACGACAGGCCAUUGUUUGUGCAUAGAAGGCAUUACUGGAGAAAAAUGUAAUAUGUGUUCCAGGGGUUUUAGUGGCGAAGCACCCUUAUGUGACAAAUGUGGAGACUGUUUUGAUAAUUGGGACUUAACAAUAACAUGUCUAUCAGAUGAAACUGAAAACAUUACAAGAGAAGCAAAGGAUAUAAGACAGACUGGAACCUCAGGCUACAAUGCCAUCGUUUUCGACAGAUUAAGCAAUAAAAUUGAUGAAGUUAAUAAAACUCUAAUCAACACAAAAUCCAAUGUCAUGAAAUUAAACGAUUUAAAAAUGGAUGUAGACAACUACAGUUCUACAAUUAAUGUCACCAAUGAUUUAGUAAAUGAUUUAAAGAAUAAGGUAGAAGCUGUGAUAUAUAAUGUCAGCUAUGCCAAUAUGGUGCUAUCAAGUUUGGAAAAUUCAACGGAGGCUUUGAAGAAGAUGACCAACGAUUUAAGCAACAAUUCUACAAAUCUGCAGGAAAAAUAUUUAAAAGGUGCUCUUAAUAUAACCAGAGAAGCAGGACUUAAUGCGAAAAAUGUGUCCAAUAUUGAAAAAAAAAUCGAAACCCAGUAUUUGAUUCCUGCUGACAGACAGUGUAAAAGAACAGAAAAAUUUCUAAAUAAAGACAACGAAACAUUUACCAGUACUGAACAUAAAAAUGAAGCUAAGAGAGGACAACUAGAUUUCGAGCUAUCAACCAUAGAGAAAAAACUACCAGAUCUUAAUGAAAAGAUAUGUGAUGGUCGAGGGGAUCCUUGUGAUGGUCUUUGCGGUGGAGCUGCGUGCGAUAAAUGUGGAAGUAGUGCCUCGUGCGAAAAUGGUGCUGUAAGAAAAGUUAUAGCGGGAUUAGAUAUAGCUGAAAAAUACAAAGCAUCAAUAAAGGCAAACUUAUCUAACGCUGAUGGGUUACGACGUAAUAUAUCAAAUGCAAUGAAACAUGUUUCUACAGUUCAUAAAGCCACUGUUAAGGUUCACGAUAUGGUCAACGAUAUUAAAAAAACGUUUGAAACCCAAGCUAUGGGUAUAGUUGAUGUCAAAAAUAAACUUGAAAAGUUCAUAGAGGAAUUGGGAGCGAAACCAACAGAGGUCAAUGCCAUAUCUGAAAGCGUUGUAAAUAUGCACAUUCAACUGCAGCCACAACAAAUCAAGGAUUUGGCCUCUGAAAUAAAUAGCACACUUGCUUCCUUGACUAAUAUCAAUACCACUCUUGAAGCAACUAAAGAUGAUCAUAAAAAAGCCGAUGACUUGAAGAUGAGAUCUGAUGAUGCAAAAAAAGACGCAGAAGAUAUCUUGGCAAAAGCUCAGGAAGUUAUUUCCGAGUUACAGGCUGCUGAAAAAGCACAACACAGUGCAAAGUCAAAGAUAGACAAUGCUAAAGAUGACAUUGCAACAAUUCAGAAACAACUGCAACAGAUUGUAAGUGAAACGGAUAGUGGCUGGUCAGACCUGAAUUACACUAAACAUGAUGUUGAAAAACUAAAAACUGCGCUUAAACGUGUUCAGACUGAAAUAUUUCAAAAUAAGAAUAAAGUAGAUCAAAUUCUGAUGGAAGCCGGAGGUGUUUCAACUCAAGUUGAGAAUACAGACGAAAAAUUGAACUUUUUGAAAAAUAAUUAUGCUAAAGUCCUUGACAAAGUGACAAAUCUUCGACAGCCUCCAAUUUUAGACAAGACUAAAGUGAGGGUUCAAGAAUUACUUGAUCAAGCACAGAGGCUCUCAUUGAAAACUAAUGCCAGAUUAAGUGAAUUUAAAGAUGCCGAUGCAUUGUAUAAUAAACAGAAAAAGCAGCUAGCUUCGUUGACAAGCAAAAUAGACGAUUUGACAAAUCAAAUAAUGGAGUAUACAAAGCAGAUCAAUAAAAAGGCAAAACACCACAGGGAAUGUAAAAAUUAAAAUUUGUUUAAAUUGUGUAAUUUAAUUAUUUAUUUGCUAACCAAAAUGACAAUUUUUGCCAGAUUGAAUUAUAUUUUGUACUAAAUAUUGUUGAAGUGUGUUGUGAUUGUUAGUGUAGUCGAAAAUUCUGUAAUUUUUAAGAAAUUCCUACUUAGUAUUUAACUUAAUAGUUGUAAUAUGAACAGACUAUUUGUAUUUGAUAUCCCUUUGAUCCUUUAUACAAUUUGUUUUUACUUUAUUAAGAAUUCUUUUUAUAAUGAUUUUUACAGUCAGUGAACAUUUAACCCAAAUAAUAUUUAUAAUUGGGUUUAUAUACCAACAAUAUUUUGAGCUUUAAUAAGUGAAAUUUAUAUGAAUUAUAGUACAAAAAUUUAUUAUUAGCUUACAUGCUAAUGAUAAUAAUAAUGUGCCAAAAAUUAUUGCAUAUUAUUUAAUUUAUUAUUUUUUAUCAAUAAAGAUUAAGACCUUGAGAAAUACAUUUAAUAUAUUAUGUAAAAAAAAAGAUGAAAGCAUAUCUGCAAUAUUUUAUGUAGAUCUGUGAUUAUCAAUAUUAAAAUUAGGCUCACUACUAAUUCUACUGUCAAGUGUUUCUUGUGAAAAUUCACACCAUCCAUGAACUCCUAUUAGUAUGUACGUUUUCUUUUUUGUAAAUAGAAUCUCUCUUUAAUUUUUAUUUGAGAGUAAUCUCAGAAGAUAUUUUUAUUAAAACAAUUAUUGAUGAUGUAUGUAUUUCAGAUUUUAUGAUUACUAUUUUAAAUCAAAACUAGAAUUAUGUGUUA